ACAGAAAAACACGUGAAUCUGUGUCUGCCGUCCUUACGUCCUUAUGUUCCUAAGUUCAGCUCGCCUCCUACAUCUCAGAAGUGGGAUACGAUAACUAGAUAAAAUUCCACGCAGUUUCUGUGUUUGUGAUUGUGUUUGAAAUCCUGCGGUUCGAAAUGGCCACGAAAGAGGAAAUGCUGUGCGCGCUCGAGUACGCCAAAGUAAAUGUACCAACGACUGCUACAAUUUCACAAUUACGUAAAUUGUACAAUGCAAACGUUGGAAAUAUCGAUGAACCAGGCGUGUUAAGUAAUGUUCCCACGGAUAUUGAAACCUCGAAAGCAGAAGGUAAAUUAGCAUUGUCGACCGAGCUGGUCAAUGCUGAGAACAAUGGCGCCGCCAUUUUGCGUAGUGCUGUAAGGCAUGCUGAGAACAAUGCGGUAUCGCAUGAUUCAACUUCAGUCGGAACCCUAGAAAAUGCCACACAUUUGGUUCCAAACCCAGUAAACACCGCUCCAAGUGUACAUGAAGAGAUAGAGCUUCUCAAGAAAAAACUCGAAAUACUUGAACUAAAGCAGCGAAUUAGUCUCCUCGAAGCUCCGGUUGUUACACAUACAACGCAACAACCAUUAUUCAUCAAGUUCAAUGAAUUUGUCGAUGUAUUCAGCGGUGACAAAGGAGAGCAUGUUGACCGAUGGUUCAAGGAACUUGAGCGUACAUUUCUCCCCUAUCGCAUGGAUGGUACUAUGAAGUUCCACAGUACACGCCAAUUGCUUACCGGUACUGCUGCUUUGUUUGCUAAAUCCCUAGACAUUACAACAUAUCAUGAGUUGAAAAACAAUCUGAUACAAAAUUUCGGCACAACCACAUCUUUAGAGAAUGUGUACAAACAACUGAGAGGACGACGUCUUGCACGAAACGAACCCGUCAUAAGGUAUAUUUUGGACAUGCAAGCUAUGGCAUGCGAUGUACCCAUCCCAGAAAUGGAUUUAAUUAAUAUUAUCAUCGAUGGACUCGGUGAUCCCAUCAACGAGGCAUGGAUUAGAUUUUCUGCAAAAUCUAUGGGCGAUUUAAAACAACUGCUGAAAAGAUAUGAGGAGAUUCGUCCACGUAAUGCUGCCACACCAUCAUCAUCAGGGUCCAUCUGCCAGCCGUUAGGAUCAUCGAGCAACCAACAAAGUGAAGUAAGAUGCUACAACUGUUCGAAAUUCGGGCAUUAUAAAAGUUCCUGCCCAAUGCCGCGUAGACCACCAGGAUCGUGCUUCAAAUGUCACCAAGCUGGACACGCUGCUCGUAAUUGCCCGAACAACAUAAUCAUUCCAUCGGCAGCAGCUCAUCACUCAGUUCAGGAUAACGUACAGCAGGAAACAUUUAAUACGGAUCUAGAAGAAUUUCAACAGGAAGCCCAGUGAGCUUUAUAGAUUCUGCUUUAGUGCCCAAAAAUCUUUUGCAACCACCUUCAAUUUCACUAUAUCAGGGACUCGGAAACCAGAGAUUAGUCGUCUGUGGGGAGGUGUCAUGCCAAGUCAAUUUUCAGAAGAAUCAAUUAGAACAUCCAUUUAUUAUCCUACCCAGUGAAAGUAUUGCUUGGCCGAUGAUCAUAGGUCGUGAUCUAUUAAAAUUUUUUAAUAUUUUUCUUUGUCAACGCAAUUUGUACAAUGAACUCAAUAAAGAAAAUCUCAAUCCUAAUAGCGAUGUAUGCAUGUCUUCACCUGCUCACAGUAUUUCGUUGGCUCAAUAUCCACUAGAAUCAAAACCGACUAAGCUAGAAAGACUAUGUCCUGGAGAGUAUCAUGACACUCAAAGUGAGGCAUUUGCAGAAAUUUGUGCUAUUGAUUUACCUGACGUGAAUGACGUGGAAGAAUUAAAAAUAGGCAAACAUAUUAGUAGCGAUGAGAAUACUGCUCUAUUCAGUUCCAUUCAUCAAAAUUACAUUAAUUACCCGCCUGAUAAAAUCAUUUCACCCGAUCAUAGAAUGAAAAUUAGUCUCAUUCAUGAUAUGCCUCUAUAUACAAAACCUCGCCGAUUGUUUUACGGAGAACGGAAUCAAGUACGAGAAAUAGUAAACGAUCUUUUAGAAAAAACAAAUUAUUCGUCCCAGUAAUUCGCCAUAUGCCUCGGCACUUGUUUUAGUAAGAAAGAAGAACGGAGAAAUCCGUAUGUGCAUUGAUUACAGACCUCUUAAUAAAAUUACGAUCCGAGAUAAUUUCCCCUUGCCGUUGAUCGAGACAUGUCUAGAGCAUUUGAGUAAUAAACGAGUUUUUUCUCUGCUGGAUCUAAAAAGCGGCUUUCACCAAGUAAAAAUGCACGAUGAUUCCACUAAGUAUACUUCCUUUGUGACUCCUGAUGGCCAGUAUGAGUAUCUUAAAAUGCCUUUCGGUUUGAAAAAUGCUCCUUCUGAGUUUCAACGUUUCAUCAACACGAUACUCCGGGAAUUUAUCGAAGCAGAUAAACUAGUUGUAUAUCUAGACGAUAUUAUAAUUGCCUCAACGGAUUUUAAGUCUCAUUUGAACACACUUAGUGCCGUCCUUACAAAAAUACGACAUAAUGGGUUGGAGCUUCGACUAGACAAAUGUCAGUUUGCUCAACAAGAACUGGAUUACUUGGGGUAUAGAGCAAAUUAAUGUGGAAUACGCCCUAGCGAUAGACAUCCCAAGUAGCCUUAAGAAACUCUAUUUGAUUAUUAACAGUUUUUUAAAGCCUUUAAAAAUCAAAUAGAGUUUCUUAAGAGAAUAUGACAUUUGCCAGCGUUACAUCAUAACGACGUAUUCCGUUACACUCGUUUUUUUUCGAUUCG